CGAACUGACAAUGGCGGACGAUAAGCCCAAGGAAGGUGUUAAGACCGAGAACAACGACCACAUCAACCUGAAAGUGGCUGGCCAGGAUGGCUCAGUGGUGCAAUUCAAGAUCAAGCGGCACACACCGCUCAACAAACUGAUGAAGGCAUAUUGUGAGCGUCAGGGUUUGUCAAUGAGGCAGAUCAGAUUCCGGUUUGAUGGGCAGCCAAUCAAUGAAACGGACACGCCAGCACAGUUGGAGAUGGAGGAUGAAGAUACAAUUGAUGUUUUCCAGCAGCAGACGGGAGGAUCCUUCUAAGCCCUUAGUCUCCGCUGUAUCCCAGCCUCUCACCCGCUGCCUCCUGGGUCACACAUCCUGACUGCAUUCACCUCCAUCCCCCCUUCCUCCUUUACUGUACAUAUAUAUCGGGUGGAUGUGUGUUUGUCAUUCUAGGGGUUACUUUUGUUCUUUCUUCCGACAGUUUCAAUUACUAGUGAUAGUACUUUUGGACCAAGGCGACAUUGAGAUGGUGGGCGGCACAGUCUCCCCCACCUCCCUGCAGUUUUGAUAUGCUUUCUUGACUUUUAUUCCAGUAAAUUAUUUUUUUUUUCGCGUUUUUGUUUUUCCACAUACCUUUUACUGCCGGUAAUGUCUAUAUUUCAGAUUCAAUAGUCGCUAUGAAUUAUCAGCAGCUGGCUGUUAAUAUUAACUGAUGGGAGUUAACCCCGCCUCUCGAUUGGGAAAUUCUUUUUUUUUUUUUUUUUUUUUUUCCCCCCCUUCAUUUUUUUUUAAUUAAAAUGGAAACAAUUUUAUAACUUUUUGUAUGUAGCUGUUACAUGUAGCUGGGUGAAUUAAUAGGAAAGCUUUAAAAGGAAAAAUUGAAAAAAAGGAUAAACAUUUUAGGUAGUUUUUCCCGUUAAAGUCUGACAUCUCGUUGUUUAAAUAAAUCUUGUUUAAAAUAA